AUGCUUGACAUUGAGAGGUUGGGUUUGCCAAGCAUGUGGUUUACUUCGAGCGAAGCAUAUGCUGAUCUGGCGCAGUGGAUCCACCUUGCCAAAGGACAACCCUCUGAGCGGAAGGUCAACAAGGUCUUCCCAGAAGAAAUGGCAUUAUAUUCUUUGCAAGCGAGUGGUGCGUGCCAACUUCGAAGAACUCUUCAACAUGCAAAGCUGUAUAGUGUACAUACAAGUUCUUUUCUCACGCGAACUGGUGCAAAGUCACCAGGCCAACUUCAGGAUCUGCCAAAUGGUGGUCAUCCCGAGGCCUUGCAGAUAGACUUCAUGUUCUAUGACAUCCAGAGCAAAGAAUACCUGCAGCCUGAAGAGGAGUAUACGAACACACAGAUCCAUGUUGUGCAUCAUGCUGGACAUGGGCCUGACUUUGACCGCAAUGUAACUCUUCUGAAUCGCCAGCGUGACGGCAAAGUAUCGUCUUCGGUAUUGUAG